UUUGGCUUGUCUGCACGCUCCAGAUGCCUUCUUUGUUGCCCCGUCUCGCCAUGGCAUUCGUCUAAUGUCGGAAAAUUUAGCUCACCACAGUUGAGUAUCAUUGUGUUGCCCCCUCCACUUUCUCUCCUGAGGCUUGGUCCUAUCAAUUGUUAUGUUUCUGACUCAUCGCAACUAUUCAAUGCUCCCACAUCUUCAACGGUCGUUCGGCAAUCCUCUCAUUUCAAUAGCAAGUUACCUGAUCCAUCCCUCGAAUGGGCCAAGCGUGUUGACUUCGACAUCAGACUGUUUGGAGAUGCCAAGUUCGUGCGCAAUUUGCGAGAUAAUAUAGUCAAUAGGUUGAGUGAAGUGAACCUCGAUCAUAUGGAGUGUAUAGCAGGCCUAUCGAAUUGCACCUUGGCCAGCCUCCUACCUUCCACUUUAGUCACCAGCAUUCCCUAA